GAAAAGCAGGAGGGGGGAGACAAAAAAAAAGAAAAAACACUUGAAAGUGCGAGCAGGACACCGGGCUUGGUGGAAAAUGGAUGAACUCAAACAUCAGGUGAUGAUUAACCAGUUCGUCCUGACGGCGGGUUGCGCGGCGGACCAGGCGAAGCAGCUUUUGCAGGCGGCACACUGGCAGUUCGAGACUGCACUCAGUGCCUUUUUCCAAGAAACAAAUAUUCCAUACGGCCAUCAUCAUCAUCAAAUGAUGUGCACCCCAGCCAACACACCAGCGACGCCCCCCAACUUCCCAGACGCGUUGACCAUGUUCUCCCGGCUCAAGGCAUCCGAGAGCUUCAACAGCAGCGGCAGUCCCAUGGCCGCCUCUAUGGCCACCUCACCCCCAGCGACCCAUGUGGGCGGGUGGGGGGUCCAACCAAAUGUACCUAAUGUGCCCCAGCCUCCACAGGGACUCUGGACUCAGGGGCAGCCAGCUUCACAGCCCUGCCCCGCCUGGCCCACGGGUGUAAACCCCCACGGAGGCACUGAGCAGAAGGCUAGUGUAGCCAUGGAGGCGGAGAGAUGAAGCGCCACAACGGACUCAGUAGCCCUUCCCACCUCGGGCAGGGAGGAAAGCGGGGAGGGGUGGGCCAUAAUGGGUAGAAGUGAAGUGGGCUUCAAUCUUUUUCCCAAAACUGCUGGGGAGGAUUGGGGGGGGGGGGGGGGGGUGAGGUGGAAAGAGAUGGAAGCUACGUGCACCAAGAAAAACUGCGUGGACAAUUAAAGGAAGAGGAGAAAACUAAUGCAAAUGUCAAAAGAAACGCACACGUAGUAAUAAGAGAGAAAUGUUUUUAGUUUUUUUUUUUUCUUAAAUAAAUCCAUAGAUAAGAGAAAUAUUAUUGAACUAAAAAAGAAAGAAAGAAAUACAAAAAAAAAAA